CGCAUCUGCAUCGGCGCGAUCUGUUGCCGAAGUGAACGGUCGCAUAGAAACGCUAAGAAAACUUACCCGUUGCGGAGCGUUUCGCUCGCCAGUCGCCGAAAAACGGUCCGUGCAGGUGUUGGCGUAGAAGAAAGUUCCCCAAGAAAUCGACAGUCUGCAAUAUGGAACCGCUACUGGCCGUCGUAGCCGUCGCGCUGCUGGGCUUCGUGCACGGGGGAGUGCUAGUGCAAGACGCGCCCCAAUGUCCGGAGCCGCUGGGCGUGCAGGCAUACGCCCAUCCCGAAUCCUGCAACCUCUUCUUUUUGUGCACCAACGGCACCCUCACCGUCGAGACAUGCGAAAACGGUCUCCUGUUCGACGGCAAGGGCGCCGUCCACAACCACUGCAACUACAACUGGGCAGUUGAGUGCGGCCACAGAAAAGCCGACCUGACGCCUAUCAGCACGCCGGGCUGCGAGUACCAGUUCGGGAUUUACCCCGACAGUGCCGAAUGUUCGACCAAUUACAUCAAGUGCGCCUACGGCGAGCCCAUACCGCAGGCCUGCGAGGCCGGUUUAGUCUACGACGACAGGAUCCACGGCUGCAACUGGCCGGACCUCCUUCUCGAGACCUGCAACCCGGAAGCCGUAAUCGGAUUCAAAUGCCCUACGAAGGUGCCGUCAGGUCAUCCGGCGGCGAGGUUCUGGCCGUACCCUAGAUUCUCGGUACCGGGAGAUUGCCACAGGCUCAUCACCUGCGUCAACGGACAUCCAAGACUCAUCAGUUGCGGUGAGGACAAGGUGGUGGACGAGUCGUCUCUGACAUGUGAAGAACCCGAACUGGUGCCGCACUGCGCCAACCACGUUAGGAAAUAGAGGGGCGAGCUAUAGCAUUUCGGCUAAAAUUGUUUGUUUUUUAAAGUUUAUGUAAUGUAAAUAACAUUUAAUCGGUUAUUUAAUAUUUAUUCGAAAUUUUAGGUUGAUUUUGUAUAUUAUUCGUUUUGAUUGGCACAAAUAAAGUUUUUAUAUUGUU